CCGGUCUGCACGAUUAGGUUCUGUUGCUGGUGUGAAUGGCGUGAAUGACCCAGGCGGUGUUAAACAUCUUGCUUGUUUUUUGAUAGAUUAUUUAGAAAUAUGUACAUUUAUAUGAUAAAUACCACAUUGAAUUUCAAAGUGUAAAUCGAAUUUUCAAAGACAGGAAUCUGGUUUAUGUUUAACGAAGUGUUAGCCAACUUGAAAUCCCUCGCAAAACUUCCAGACCUAAAAACGACCCUAUUAAAGAAAGCAUUUCUGUUUUUAUUAGCUCGUUUAUAAGGGGAGACGAGAGACGCCCUAAUCGGUCGGUCACGAGCUAGCUUAAAAGCUAGCUAUAAAUCUGGCGGCUACCACGUAAAUAAACGAAAUGGCAGCUAAACCGAAGAGUAAGUCCUCUGAAAGUCUAUUUGGUGAUGAGGAUUUGUUUGACAGCCUGUUGGAGGAAAUAAAACAACCCACCAAGACGAGACCAGCUCAUAGUAAACCUGUGAACAAGUCACCUUCUACAAAAGAUGAUUUGGACUUUGAGGAAUCUGACAUCUCAGUGGCCGAUCCCAACGACAUCUUGAAGAACAUAGAGAAAAGCAGCAGUGCUGUGAAAACAAAGGUGGCUGAAAAUGACGGUUUGAAGAAAGCCUCUGCUGUUUUAGACUGGGAUGGAAACCACGGCACAGAUAAAUCCCCUGGUGGAGGGAAGAAGCCUGCACCUUCAUCUUCUCCGGUCUUGAAGAAGACCACGUUUUCUGAUUUGGACGAAUCCCUGUCCGAUCCACUUGACGACCUCCUUCCAGAUGAAACGAAGCCCAAAGCCAAACCGAGGACGGCCAAACCCGACAAGUCUCCUCCUCCUGCUUCUCCUAAGCUGGAAGUUCAAACAACAAAGACUUCAAAGAAAGAAAUGUUUCUUUUUGAAAACGAUGACCUGACGGAUUUACUCGGAUUUGAUGACGAGAAAAGAAAUCCCAAGAAAAAAGAAAGUCUACUUUGGACUACAAAGGAGAGGAGUGAUCCCCCUCAGCGUCCUCACACAAAGAUCAACGAUAUUCUGGAAGGUGUAACUUCACAGCGUCUUCUGGAGCGACCACCCACGGGCGAGAAGAAGGAGCAACUUCCGCCUCACGAAAAGCAGAAAAACUCCACUGUAAAGGAGGAGGAUCUGACUUUUGGAUCCUAUCAGCCCACAUUAGGAUCCACUCCGGAGGGGCGCCAAUCCCGUAGACAGUCCGUCAGGUUUUCUACUGAGGACGUCAGUGCCUCGACUCCAGAGAGGAGAGCAAAACCCGCCUCCAUUCGGCAUCGCAACUCGCUCGACUGGCUCGGCUUCACGGCGAAUGACGAGCUCAGUUAUCCAGAAGAUGACUCCAAAGAGCCGACGAGGGUCUCAGCCGAGUCCCAGAAGUCCUCCUCCUCUGCCUUGCCAUUUUUGGAGAGAAAGUCCCCCUCGACUGGAAGUCAAACAACAAAAAGUGACACACAAGCUGAGGUUUUCAGAAACCAAAAAAAAGAGGAGGAGGAGGAGGACUGGUUGACGCCGAGCAAGAAGAAGAAAACUAAGUCGGUGUCAAACGAAGCUGCAAAAAUGGAGGACUCCUCAGGCUUCCAGGAAAGACUAGAACUUGAUUUUAGCCACAAGGAAGCAUUGCGAACUCCCAGAGGCCCCGAAGACACAAUUCUGUCCGUCAGAGAAACGAGCCCUGUGGCUCAUUCCACCCGACUCGAAGAGGAGAGACCCAAGCAAGUUCCCCCACAAAGUCUAAUGCCGAGCACCACAGUUUCUGUCCAACAACAGACACGACUGCCCGGUUUAGGUGGAGCUGAUGGAGCGGCCCCACAGAACCUCAAAGACAAAGAAAAACAAGCUGCAGAUUACCAGACUCUAAGGGCUCGCAUCGCUGAGCUGGAAGGACAGCUCAAGAUCCUGCAGUUGGAGCGAGACCAAACCCAAACCAUGCUGGAGAGCAUCCAGCAGCGACACGCACAAGAUGUGGAGUUCAUGGAGAACACACACAGGGCCCGUGUGAAGCUGCUGGAGGAGGCAGCCGCUCAGAGGGAAACGCGAUCGCGGCUCGAGUGUGAAGAUCUGAUCGAGCGGAUGGCGGCGUUGACGCGAGCCGUCGAGCUGGAACGCUCGGAGCUGCAGGCGCAGUACCAUCGGAAAGUGGCCCAGGUGCAGCAGGACAGAGACCGGGAGGUGGAGAGGCUCCGGGACCUCCAGAGACAGUCUAUCUUAGAGAUGAAAAAGGACCACGAGGAUCAAAUCCAGAGACUGAAGAGACUAAAGGAAGAAGAGAUUGAUGCCGUAACAAGUGCAACAUCUCAGACGAGGUCUCUGACGGGGGUGAUCGAGCAGAUGGAGCAGUUCUCCUCUCGGCUUGAAGAGCUCUCCUCUCGGGUGGAGAGCGCACACGAGCAAAGCGCUCACGGGCUGGAGCGAGGAGCUCGGCACAGAGAGGACCAGCUUCGAGUUUUGGAGGAGCGUCUGAGCCAGCAGCAGAAAGCCACGGCAGAGGAGCAAACUUACCUGAAGGAGAUCAUCUCCAGGAUGGAUGCUCAGAUAAAUGAGCAGCAGAGGCAGCUUGAGAAGGAGCGCUGGAAGGUGGCAUCAGAGCAGGCCAAGGCGGAGUCGCUCCAGAGGAGCCUGGAGGAGGAGCGUCGUGUCCUCAACUUGCAGACCAGCAUGGAGAGGGAGGAGCUGGAGAGGGCCAAGAGUGUGCUACUGGAGGAGCAGAAGUCGGUGAUGCAGCACUGUGCGGAAGAAAGGAGGAAGCUGGCGGCCGAGUGGGCCCACUUUCACGAUCAGGAUAAACGGAGACACGAAAGAGCCGAGCGGGAAGUUAGCAGCCUCUUGGAUAAAAGGGAAGGCUCCAUCAUCACUCUGGCACAGGAACAAGCCGACCUGAAGCUUCGCACAGCAGAGCUGAAACAGAAGGAGACGGCUGCGGCACAAGAGCGGGAGACUCUGGAAAGACUCAGAGAAGAGCUGGAAAGGGAAAAGGAGAAAAUAACUAGUGCAGGCCUGAGGCUGAAAACACGGUCUCUGGAGGUCGAGUCCUUCAGCAAGCUCGCUGCUGAUAAGUACGAGGAGGGCAAAGAGGCGCUGAGAGAGGCGAAGCGUGUGGAGGCGGAGCAUGAGGCCCGCCUGAAGAGCAUUCAUUCACAAAUGGAGAGUCUGAGGAUGCAGGAACAGCGCAUUCAUAAGGAGCGCAUGCAGUUAAACUAUCUGCAGGACAAAGCUCGGCAUCGACAAACCUCAAGUUUCAAACAUCCAACUGUUUUACCAGUUUCAGUAUUACCCACUCCUGAAUUGACUGCAGACUUUACCCCCAAUUCAUCUUCAAAUCAUCAGGCUAUAGCUCGAGAAGCUUGUCUGGCUCUGUGGAAAUACACAGCAGAAAAGGAGACUGAAUUCCUCCAGGAGGAGCAGAUUUAUCUGGACAAUUUAAGAAAAAAAUCCUACAGAAAAAACACAACCUGACAAUGUUUUGUUUUUUUAUAAGUUUUUCUUGUUACAAACUAUUUUUUUAGUCCUAAUAAAACAUGUUUAAAGUAA